UCCGAGGCCGCCCGCGGCGGGACUGGAACUGCCGCGCUGUCCGCAGUGGAGUUACCCGGCGGGUCUCGGUUCUCGUCACGGUCAGUCAUGGCUUCCUUCGUGACAGAAGUUUUGGCCCAGUCGGGGAGUCUGGAGAAGGAGGAUCUCGGCACCCGCAUCAGCCGUCUGACCCGGCGGGUGGAGGAGAUCAAGGGUGAGGUAUUCAAUAUGAUCAGCAAGAAGUACAGUGAAUUCCUGCCUAGCAUGCAGAAUGCCCAAGACCUGGUGACCCAGGUGGAUAAGCUGUCUACUGACAUCGACCUGUUGAAAUCCAGGAUAGAGAGCGAGGUCCGUCGGGAUCUUCAUGUAUCGACUGCUGAAUUUACAGACUUGAAACAACAGUUGGAAAGAGACUCAGUAGUCCUAAGCUUGCUUAAACAGUUACAAGAGUUUUCUACUGGUAUUGAAGAUUAUAAUUGUGCAUUAACAGAGAAGAAGUACAUUACAGCUGCUCAGCAUCUGGAAGAGGCACAGAAAUGCUUGACAUUAUUAAAAUCCAGAAAGUGCUUUGAUUUAAAAAUGUUGAAGUCUCUCAGCAUGGAGCUCACAAUACAGAAGCAGAACAUCCUGUAUCACCUUGGGGAGGAGUGGCAGAAGCUGAUUGUGUGGAAGUUCCCGCCAUCAAAAGAUACCGGCGGCUUAGAAUCUUACCUGCAAACAGAACUUCAUUUACGCACUGAACAACCCAGCGAAGACAAGGAGGCCCUCAGGCCCCCCAUCCGUUCUGUCCUCUUGGCAUUUUCUAUUCUUGGAGAACUACACAUCAAGCUCAAAGCAUUUGGUCAGAUGCUGCUAAAGCAUAUCCUCAGGCCUUUGGCAUCUUGCCCGUCCAUUCAUGCAGUGAUAGAAAGCCAGCCUAAUACAGUUAUUAUUCGGUUUGACUCCCUGGUGACUGACUUAGAACAUCCAUCACCAUCUGAAGUUUUUACAAAGAUACGACUGGUACUGGAAGUGCUCCAGAAACAUCUUCUCGAUUUGCCUCUUGACCCUGACUUAGAAAAUGAAGAGGUACCUACGAUUGUCUUGGCGGAGAUGCUUGGGGAUGUGAUCUGGGAGGACUUGUCUGAGUGCCUCAUCAAAAACUGCUUGGUUCAUUCUAUUCCAACCAAUAGCAGCAAACUACAGCAAUAUAAGGAGAUCAUACAGUCCACUGAAGAAUUUGAAAAUGCCUUAAAGGGCAUGAGGUUUUUAAAAGGAGAUACUACUGAUUUAUUGAAAUAUGCUCGUAAUAUCAAUUCUCAUUUUGCUAACAAGAAGUGCCAGGAUGUGAUUGUGACAGCCAGAAACCUAAUGACCUCUGAAAUUCACAACACUGUCAAGAUCACUCCUGAUUCUCAGUUAACUGUGCCAGACUUGCCUAGUCCUGAUGAGGAUAACAAGCAAAAAGUACAGAAUUCAGUACCAGUGUCCAGAAUUCAGUACCACGAAGUGAACUUAGAGCCCGAGAAUGCAUUGGACCAGCAUUCCUUUUCUUUGCCCAUAUGCCGCAUCAGUGAGUCUGUGAAGAAAUUAAUGGAGCUUGCCUAUCAGACUUUGCUAGAGGCAACAACCAGCAGUGAUCAAUGUGCUGUCCAACUUUUCUACUCAGUGAGGAAUAUCUUUCAUUUGUUCCAUGAUGUUGUGCCAACAUAUCACAAGGAAAACCUUCAAAAACUUCCCCAGUUGGCCGCCAUUCACCAUAACAACUGCAUGUAUAUCGCUCACCACUUGCUGACCCUGGGUCACCAAUUUAGAUUACGGCUUGCACCCAUUCUUUGUGAUGGUACUGCUACUUUUGUGGAUUUCGUGCCUGGCUUCAGAAGACUUGGGACAGAGUGUUUUUUGGCCCAGAUGCGGGCACAGAAAGGUGAACUUCUGGAAAGAUUAUCCAGUGCUAGAAGCUUUUCAAACAUGGAUGAUGAAGAAAAUUAUUCUGCAGCAACUAAAGCAAUCCGGCAGGUACUUCACCAACUCAAGAGACUUGGAAUUGUGUGGCAGGAUGUCCUGCCUGUGAAUAUUUAUUGCAAGGCUAUGGGGACUUUACUAAAUACAGCCAUUUCUGAGAUCAUCAGCAAAAUCACUGCCCUAGAGGACAUCUCAACUGAAGAUGGUGAUAAAUUGUAUUCCUUAUGCAAAACAGUGAUGGAUGAAGGACCCCAAGUGUUUGCACCUCUGUCUGAAGAAAGCAAGAACAAGAAAUAUCAAGAAGAGGUUCCAGUCUAUGUGCCCAAAUGGAUGUCUUUCAAAGAAUUAAUGAUGAUAUUACAAGCUAACUUGCAAGAAAUUGGAGAUCGGUGGGCGGAUGGGAAAGGACCCUUGGCAACUGCGUUCUCAUCAAGUGAAGUAAAAGCUUUAAUCCGUGCCUUGUUCCAGAACACAGAAAGAAGAGCAGCUGCCCUUGCAAAGAUAAAAUAGCUCCAGCCUCCUGAGAAAGUCAUCGUUUGUGAUUCCUCCUGGGAAUUUUAGCUCCCUUCAAGACUUCUUGGAAUCACUCAUUGGUUUUGGUUCACAAAACUAAUGGAAUGCUUGAUUUUACUUAAGGACUUCUUACCUCCUGGCCUGUAUGAGGCUUUGUUGAAGAACAGGAUAUUAACUUGCCAGUUUGAUCCCAGCACUACAAAAAGGAAAAAAAAAAUAAGGAUGUCAAGUGAAGCACCUCAUUUGGGUGGCUUUGUAGCUACCUCCUUUGAUACACUUGAACCUAGAGGAGAGUAUAUUAUGUCCCUUUCAGCACCCUCUGAGAACUGUGUAUGUUAUAAUUUUAGGUCUUGGCUUUGGAUUAAGGGAUCCAAGAGUCAGAUUAAGGAAUGUAUGGGAUACUGGGUGGGAGUUGGGAGGGGGGGGAGGGAGGUUAGAUACCUUAUUUAGCCUUGCAGGAAUUAGGGAGACCUCUCUUAUUCCUGCCUUUCCCUCCCUUCCCUUCCCAUUCCUUCCCUUCCCUUCCCUCCCUCUCUUGUCUGUUUGUUUUAAAGACAAGGUCUUGCUAUGUAUCCUAGACUGACCUGGAACAGAGCUCUUCCGCCUCGGUUUCCUGAGUGCUGGGAUUAGCCAGUGUGUUACCCGGGUCUGGCAACUUUUUGUAAUUUUUCUUUGCAGUAAAUAAUGCUUUUCAGAUUUAAGAGUGAGUGUCUUUAAUAACAUAGGAACUUUGACCAAAGAGACAGUUUUCUGUGCUUUUCUGUUUAUUGAAGUAUAUCACCCUCACAGAAAGCUCAGUGUUCUCUGCCCCCCCCCCCCACUUCAAAGACAGACUCUUGCUGUCUAGCCCAGGAAAGCCUUGAACUUGUAAUCCUCCUGCCUGCUUCAGCCUCUUAAGUGCUGGGAUUAUAGAUGUGUUUCACCAUGCCUGGUAAUCUUUUAUUUAUACCACUACCUACUGCUUUCCAGAAUUCCUGGGACUCUUA